UGGAAAUCUUAUUUUGAGGUUGCUUGACUCGACAAGAGAUUCAAGAGGGGCAAAAAAAUGUAGAAACUAAGCACCCUCUGCAGGUUAGGGAGGGUAGGUACCUUAAGAAUUACCCCAGCGGACGGUAGGGGGAGCUCGUGUACUUUUCGCCGAGACCGAGAGUGUAGACUACAACUCCCAGAAGCCUCUAGGAAUAGUCUAGCGCUUGAGGGUUGGGCAAACUCGUGCCUUCCCGCCUCGCCUCUCAGAAUCUAAUCGGGAUGCAGAGAGCCAAUCGGAAGGUGACCCGAGUCCCGCGAGAGCAAGAAGCAUUAGCGGCGCGUAGCGACACCAGAAUGAAGACAUCGGAGGAGCGACUAUCAUCAGCUCCGGACAGCAGCAUCCCUUCUGACCAGGCUCCAGCUCUGGUGCCCCAAGGUUCCCCUGUGGAUAAAAAUACAGACUCCGAACUGUUACCACCGCCUUGCAGUGGAGAUGAGCAAUGCCAGAUAGCCACAGAUUCUGUGGCUGACUCGGUCGUGUGCCCGGAACCACAACAAGGGAACUCAGUUCCUCUCUCCUCCGCUCCCUCGGAAGUAGAGUUUAGUACUCCCGGUGAGUUGAGUCCUCGAAUCGAGGAGCAAGAACUUUCUGAAAAUGUGAGCCGUCCUGUAGAAGAAACGAAUCAGCCUGCCUUAGAGUCAGGAGAAGCCGUGGAAGGUGUGUCUGAAGAACCCGAUCCAGUGGACGAGGGGGACACCUUUUGGAGCUACAACUUCUCACAGGUACCCCGAUACCUCAGUGGUUCCUGGUCCGAGUUCAGUACCCGCUCGGAGAACUUCCUGAAAGGUUGUAAGUGGGCUCCUGAUGGUUCCUGUAUCUUGACCAAUAGUGCUGAUAAUGUCCUACGGAUUUACAACCUGCCCCCGGAACUGUACAGCGAAGGAGAGCCGGUGGAAUAUGCAGAAAUGGUUCCUGUCCUUCGGAUGGUGGAGGGUGACACCAUCUAUGAUUACUGCUGGUAUUCUCUGAUGUCCUCCGCCCAGCCAGAAACCUCCUAUGUGGCCAGCAGCAGCCGGGAGAACCCGAUUCACAUCUGGGACGCAUUCACAGGAGAGCUCCGGGCUUCCUUCCGCGCCUACAACCACCUGGAUGAGCUGACAGCUGCCCACUCACUCUGCUUCUCACCGGAUGGUUCCCAACUCUUCUGUGGCUUCAACCGGACCGUGCGUGUCUUCUCCACAUCCAGGCCUGGUAGAGACUGCGAGGUGCGAGCUACGUUUGCAAAAAAGCAGGGCCAGAGUGGCAUCAUCUCCUGUCUAGCCUUCAGCCCCUCCCAGCCCCUCUAUGCCUGCGGCUCCUAUGGCCGUACUGUAGGCCUGUAUGCCUGGGAUGAUGGUUCUCCUCUCGCCUUGCUGGGAGGCCACCAAGGGGGUGUCACCCACCUUUGCUUUCACCCCGAUGGCAACCUCUUCUUCUCAGGAGCCCGAAAGGAUGCUGAACUUCUGUGCUGGGAUCUGCGGCAGCCUGGCCACGUCCUGUGGUCUUUGAGUCGGGAAGUGAGCACCAAUCAGCGUAUCUACUUUGAUCUGGACCCGAGUGGGCAGUUCCUAGUGAGUGGCAACACCAACGGAGUUGUCUCUGUGUGGGACAUCAAGGGAGCUUUCAGUGACAACAAGCUGGAACCUGUGUUGACCUUUCUGCCCCAGAAGGACUGCACCAAUGGAGUGAGCCUUCACCCCAGCUUGCCUCUGCUGGCUACUGCUUCUGGCCAGCGCAUGUUUCCGGAGCCCACCAAUAGUGGGGAUGAAGGCGAGCCGGAGCUGGAUCUUCCCCUGCUGUCUUUAUGCCACGCCCAUCCUGAAUGGCGGCUUCAGCUCUGGUGGUGUGGAGGGGGACCAGACCCCAGUAACCCUGAUGACCACCAAGAUGAGAAGGGACAAGGAAGGACAGAGGGCUGUGGGGAUGAGUUAAUAUAAAGAUUUUGUAUGA